GACGCAAGUUCGCGACAUAUCGAGAGCCUUCACCUCACGAGCAACCAUGGCGAACAGAGGCUACGAUGUCGUCGUAGAUGUCGAUCAAGAGGGCGACCUCGGCCAUACCGACCUCCAAGAGGACCUUGAAUUCCACAGCUCCAACUUCGAAACCCAACCCUCUGGCCGUGGCGCCCCCAAGAUCCAACCCGACUCGUCAUCCGCCUCCUUCCUCCCCGGCCCCGGCGGCUCCUCCUCCAACAACCCCACAUCGCGAAAGCACUAUCUCUGGUCGCUCAACUUUUACGCCCAAGCCUUCGACGUCGACACGGCCGAAGUCCUCCGCCGCUGCACCUCAACCAUCUACCUACGCGCCAACUUCCUCGAUGUGCUAGAAGGGAAUCCAGAUCUCUACGGCCCUGUAUGGAUCGCUACAACCGUUGUUGUCAUCUUGUUCUUGACGGGGACGAUUAGCCAAUAUUUGGCCAUGAAGGGCGAGGAGCACUUUGCGUAUGACUUCAAGCUGUUGAGUGGGGCAGCGGGACUGGUCUAUGGGUACACGGCCUUUGUGCCCGUGGGGCUUUGGGGUGUUCUGAAGUGGUAUGGGAGUGAGAGUGCGAAUCUGCUCGAGUGCUGUUGUUUGUAUGGAUAUGCGAACUUGGUUUGGAUUGCCGUCAGUCUGGUGGCAUGGAGUCCCUGGGGUAUUCUCAAUUUCACGGUUGUAGCCCUUGGUCUCGCGGCCUCUGCCUUCUUCCUCCUACGAAACCUUUACCCUGUGCUCAGCACUACUGAAGCCAAGACAAGCAAGAUCCUGCUGAUUGUCGUUUUUGUGCUACAUGCUGGUUUCGCCAUCGCCAUCAAGGUCCUGUUUUUCGCUGCGACGAGUCCGGUGGGACCGAACAAGGGUGCCGACAAGGAUGCUGGGAAGGGUGUGGCUGAUGGGGGCUCCGAGGGUAAAGGGGAUAUGUUGAGGAUGUUCAUGGGUUGAGACGGGGUGGACAAAGAUAGGUGGAUGGAUGGAAGGAGUAUGAAUUUGGGAUGAUAGAGUUUGGCAGUAGAAUCAUAGCAUAGCCUGAGGGUUCAUAGCGCAUUAUUGAUGAAUGGACACGAUCUAAGGAUGUGGCAGUGACAUGGAAACAAGCACAUUUUUGAGGACGUGCAUCCAUUUUAGCUAA